AUGCAGGCCUUUGCCCUUCUAGCGCUGUUGCCUUUGGCGCUUGCAAACCCUCUUAAUGUCCGCAGCACAGCUUGCAACAAUUCGCCCGAUCUGUGCAACAAGUCCUACGGCGAAAUCACACAUCUCGGUGCCCACGACAGUCCCUUUGUGAGAGACAGCAGUACCGACAACAGUCUGGCAGGUGACCAGUAUUACGACACACCCACCCAGCUCGAUGCCGGUGUCCGCCUGGUCACCGCACAAGUACACAAGAGCGGCUCUGACUGGCGCCUUUGCCAUUCUGAAUGCUCUCUCCUCGAUGCAGGACUACUCAGUGACUGGUUGGCAGAUAUCAAAACAUGGCUCGACAAAAACCCUAACGAAGUGGUCACCACGCUCCUCGUGAACUCAGACGGUGCUUCCGCAUCCGAUCUAAACGCCCAGUUCGAAACGGCAAACCUCACCUCAUAUGCCUACAAGCCCAAGUCCACAAGCAGUUCCUGGCCCACCCUCCAAACGAUGAUCGACGACGGCACCCGUCUGGUCGUUUUCGUCGCAGACAUCACCCCAAGCACCGAAUACCCCUACCUCCUGAGCGAAUGGGACUACAUCUGGGAGAACAACUACGACGUGAGCUCGCCCUCGAACUUCACUUGCGAACCUUCGCGGCCCUCCGACCUAGCGGGCUCCCUCUCCACUGCACUCUCCUCCACCAAGUUGCCAUUUAUGAACCACUUUCUGUACUCCGACGACCUUGCUCUUCUGGACAUCUCGUACCCCAACUCCAGCUACGCCGACACCACAAACGCGCCCUCCGGCGGGGUCGGAAACCUGGGCAGCACGGCGACAAAGUGCAAGAAAGCGUAUAACGGGCGCCAGCCAACCUUCAUCCUAGUGGACUUCUUCAACCGCGGCCCCGCGAUCGAAACCGUCGACAAUCUGAACAAUGUCACCAAUGCCGUUGGCCGGACGUCUCUCUCCACGUCGGCUGUUCCGUCGAGCAGUGACGGGUCGACGAUCAACGGCGUUUUCUCGCAGUUGGUUUCGUUGGCCGAGUCGGCCAAGUCGGGGUCCAAGCCUUCAUUUGGUAACUGGGUCUGGGUCGGUGGUAAUUGGGGAUGCUAG